UGUUGCAAGGCCAUCAUGGAGAUUCCAGAUAAUUGCUGGAGUAAGACUAUUCCCUUCAUUCCGGUCUUCCCUACACUGAUCAGAAACUCUUGUGCUAGAGGUGCAGCAGUUGAUCCAGUACCUAAAGGAAUUGAACAUGUCCAGGACAGAAAGCCAUCUAUUUCGGGGCUUUUACCUUUGCAACCUGUAAAUAGAGCUAUGAGGCAAUGCUGGUCUUCUCUUACAAAUGUCCCAGAUUCUUUUGCAGCUGGUUCUUCGACAGCAAGAAUAGGUCAGACCAUGGCGGCCAAGCACUCUUCGCCAGGGCAGUCGACAUUACCUUUCCUAGGACUGUCAUCUGCAGGGCAGCCUGGGCAAGAUAUUGCGUGGUGCUGGUCCUCUCUUUCGAGUAUAGAAGGUUGUGUUUAUGAUAUAUAUGGGUCACUUUCGAGGGGCCAGUUUAGAGGCAUCGGUACUGCCUAUUGCAGAGCCAUCACUGAUGUCAAUGACAUUUGCUGGCCACAGAUGUUCCCGUUGGCCAUUUACAGUUUUAUUAGUUCACUGGCACAUAGCAUUACUUUAAAAAGGCUAGUACGGCAUUACAUUAUCAGGCUGCUUUUUGAGUCACCUCGAAUGAGGAUCUUUUGCAACUUCCUUGUUUCGGCUUCUUGUAUGGUUGUGAGAGCUACAGUGGCUUCUCCAAUGUUUGGGUUUUUUUGGGAAGGAAAGCUGUAUGUACAAACGCCGCAAUUCCUUUUUCAGACUUACAAAUUGCUGCUGCAGUGCUCUCAUGACUUCAAACUGUCACAUCAAAAUCCAAGACAAAAGCUGAGACAUCUAGAGGUAGCCUUGAUAGAAUAUCGUGAAUCCCUUGAAGAGUGGGGAAUCAAAAGUUCGGAUGAAAUUGAGAAGAAGGUUGCUAUUUGUCGGCAGUAGCUACAAUCUGAAUAUGGGUUAUUAGAUUCUAAUGGCGGUUCUUCAGGGAAUAGGUGCUCUCAUUUGUAAGCACGCAAGAUUUAACAUGCAAGAACGUCAUCUGAGAGGAGGGAUAGAUGGAAUGAUGCCCGAGACGCAUCAAGAAAGCGGCACCGCAGCCAAAGCCAAAGUAAGAGCUCACCAUGGAAAUCCUCAAAACCGAGACAAGGAAAGGGAACAUGAGUUAGACAAGGACAGGGAAAGGCACAAGGAUAGAGGUAGAACUCAUGAUUUUGAAAAUGAGAGAGGGAGGAAGCAGGGCCGUGAGAAGAGUGGAAGUGGAGAGAGGAAUGACUAUGAAAGGGAUAGAGGCAGAGAAAUAGACUGAUAGGAGGAGACGGCCGAAGUGAGUUAUUCCAGGGGGAGAUUUGAGGUGGAAUGCUUUGGAAUGAAGAGAUGCCCAUAUAAUUGGGUCAAAGAGGCUGCCAUAAAAGAACGCGUCUACAUUGCUAUGAAAAGAAGCUUCCUUCCAUUUCCUGUAAUAAACCCUUAAAUUAUAUUUUAGCUAGAUGUAUUUCAAUUCCAAAUUUACAAUUUCGAACUUUUUUAAUAGUGAUCCAUGAGUAAGUUCUGAAUUGCUUCAGGUUAGGUUUUAAUACAACCUGAUGUGUGGUCCAUGCUCUUUUGCCCAAAUUAUUGAAUGAAGCCCCAGAUCUUUUUUGGGCCGUCUAUAAAUAUUGUAUAAUUAACUUCA